CAAACGAAUUUCGUCCUUCUACUUUUUUAUGUUGUUGGGAAUGCUACAGGGACGGAAAUUUCGGAGAUAUAAGGCGAGCUGAACAGAAAUCGAGUAUGAUAGUGAUGGAUGCGAAGGAAAGAGGCAUAUCAGGGCUAGAUCUAUCUCAGAUUUUCCCCACUGAGAUCACCUUCAAGAUUCUUGGACUGUUAGAUGUGGUAGCCGUAUGUCAGUGUGGACAACUUUCUCGAAAGUGGAGGGAUCAAGUGACUGAGUACCUCAGAACUGUACUUUGCCUGGAUUUUGCACCUUACGAAUCAAUUCUGACCGAAAAUGGAUUGAAACAUUUGCUCAUGUAUACCAGUAAUCUGCGGGUCCUUCAUCUUGAUUCAUGUUGGCCGUGUGUAACAGAGGAGAACUUAUUUUUGAUUGCCAAGAAUUGUAAAAAGCUGUCUGUUCUCACAACAAGCAGAUGUAAAGGAGUUACUGACGCUGGGCUCGAAGCAGUAUCGAGGUACUGUAAAGAAUUAACAGAGCUGGAUCUCAGUAGCUGUUUUACGAUCUCAGAUGCUGGUGUCAUAGCUUUGGGUGAGAGAUGUUCUGCUCUUCGAGAACUUCAUGUCAGUAGCUGUUAUGGUGUGACUGAUAAGAGUAUUGGUGUUUUAGCCAAGCAGUCUUGUGGCUUAACAGAGUUAGAUGUUAGUUGGUGCUUCUAUGUCACUGAUCAGAGUAUUAAAGAAUUUCUGUCACCAAGUUGCAAGCUGGAGCUUCUGAGAAUUAAGGGUUGCACUGUUUCAGAAGGACUGAUCUCCAAGCUUAUGGCCAAAGGGAUUGUUGUGAACAACUUUUUUUAGUCUUUCAAAUUAAACAAUUUUUAUUGUAAUUAUAAUUAUUAUUUUCAUUUUAUUUCUUUUACGAGAACAUCUAUAAUCUUAAACAAACUUCAGGGUUCUUUGACCAAUAAUCAUUCAAGUUCCAAAGUACAUUACUAACAUAGACAUGAUAUCCAUGCACACACAUAUCAUUCCUCUGUGUUUGUUUUUUUGUCCAUGUAAAGGUUUCAGCUCAAUUUUUACACUAUGUUUUCUCAACUUCUUAUUUUUUUUGACAUUUUAAAAUUUUUAUUAUAACAAAAGAACACUACUUACAAUACUUAAAUUAACUUUAUUAGGAUACUUACACAGAAGUUAUCUACAUACAGCCUAGAUUACAUUACAAUAUUUAUAAGUAUGGUACUUAGGAACCUAACAUUAUUUACAGGGAGGGGGUGGGGGCUGGUGGAAAUGAGGGGGAGACCAAAAUUUUAUGUGCACAUAAAAAGGGGGACCAAAUAAAAUUCUGCAAUAUCAAUACCAGGAAAAUUGACUUUUUGUGUUUUAAUUGGAGACUCUGAUAAACUAAAGACUCAAUCUCAAUCUAAACAAACGGUUGACAAUUGAAAGUCCUUAAAGUAUUUCUUCCUCAGAUUCACUUUCCCCUCUGUCACUUUCAUCUCCUUGUGCAUCACUUUUAAAAAAGGUAGGAUGGUAUUCUUCAUAACAUUUCAUUUUGGUUUACAUAAAAUGUUUUGGUAUAGUAUCUUUAAUAAUUUUUUGAGUGCCAAAAAAUUAAUUUAAAGAACAACAGAUUCUCAAAAUUGAUUUGUGAGGAAACGUGUAGCAGCUAGAGGGGAAACUUGACAAUCAGAUAUUGAGAGUUAAAAGGUUGAAUAAAAUGUUGACUAACUACUCUGUGGUUUACGUGACAUUUGUCGGCAGUUCCUUUUUAUAUAAUUGUCUUUGAACAACUGUUGGUUUUAUCGUUAGUGUUGAUGUGUGAAGAGAGGAACUCUUGGAUUUGUCAAGAGACACAUAGAUGGUAGGCCUGUAGUCACACAUCCGGAGGCUUCUGAUCGGUUACAUCGUUCUCUUGAAUCCUGAAUAUUUGCCCCUGCUCAACCUCGAAGAUUCUCAUUUCUUCAGUGUUUUCGCCCUUUGGAAAAUAGAAUUUGUCGUGGAGAUGAAUUUAAUCUCAUCAGAUAGGGUCUGGUCAAGAGUAGAAUAGACAAUAAAUUUGUUUCGCAAUCUUCCUAAUAGUAUCGCCUCUGACUUUCUGUAU